AUCUAGAGAACUACACAUACCCAAAGCUGUGCGCUAGCGCAACUAGCAUGUGCCAUACCCAUUUCAGUUUGUCAAUUGUGUACAACUGUUUUUGUGGGCCCAAAACACGACGGGGUAAUUGUUUAUCGUUGCAGAAUUUUCCACCUCCACGUACUCGUCAAGCAUACAAUGGCACAACCAGCAUUUAUUUUCAGAGCGCAUACGUCACCAGUAAACUGUGCUCGGUUCUUUGGCGACGACCGGCUCAUGGUUUCGGGCGACCAAAGCGGGCAGCUGAUUAUCUGGAAUAUGCUGCUCAAGCGGCCACUCGUCAACUUCACAGGCGCACAUGGCGGUUCAAUCUUGGCUGUCUGUGGGAUCAGUGACAGUACUGUGAUUAGCCAGGGCCGUGACAACAAGCUUCACAUCUGGAGACUUCACGCUGGUGAGUUUUACGCGACGUUCGAUAUUGCAACGACUCUGGCAAUUGACUCGAUGAGCUUUUGCAAAUUCUCGCACAUCCAGCACCAGGGUGCAACCUGGAUUGCUGGGCUGGAGCAGGCAGGUGAGGGAAAGGCCUUUCUCUAUAACCUUGCGACUGAGACGAAAAUUGUCGCCGAUGUUGGUCGCAGGUCGCACACUGACGCCGGGGCUCGCGAAGACUCCCCGAUGUGCUUGAAGCUGGUUCCUGUGGAUGGUGACGGUGACGCUCUGGGACUCGUGGUUGGCUACGAAAGCACGACUCUGCAGCUGUUUGCUGUUAAUGUGUCCAAAGAUCAGCACGCAGCUGUGCUCAAGUCUACCCAGGAGACUGCGCACAGUGAGCCGAUUAUGAGCAUCGACUACGACAGUGACGGAAAGACCGUCUACACGUGCUCGGCCGAUAGCAAGAUAUGCCGCUACGCCAUUAACAGCGCUGGUUUUCAGGUGGCUCAGGAGCCCGGUACUGUCAAGCAUAGCGGGCUGGCUGAGAUCCGGUGCUUCUCAUUACCAAAGCUGGUGGCCGCCGCUGGCUGGGACUACGCCCUGCACCUGUUCGACACUGACUUGAAGCCAUACCGCGAGAUACGCUUCCAUCGUGCUGCCCUGACAUCAGUAGACGUGAGCACGCUAGCCAAAGGCAGCGCAGAGAGUAUCAGCAGCGAAAUGGCCCAAGCACGCUGGAAUGAGCGGCCGCAGUGGCUGGUCGUCGCCAGCCAGGACCACCGAAUCUCGCUAUGGAACCUGCAGGACAUUCUGUAGGUGCUGGCAAUAGCGAAAGAGGGACAGUCUAGUCAUGUGCCCUUAACAAACAAGUUUGCAGUUAUUUUUCCAGCCCGGUACCUUUCUGGCCUAGUUCCUUUUGUUGGUUCGAAAUUCGGCUAUUCACCUUUAACAUGGCGAUUAUUGGCAAGGCAAUUCACUACGGCGUCGACCUGGUAUUGGUAUCGACGGUGCUGGCAGGCAUCCGCCGGUCGACUGGACUGACGGUCUGGCCAGGCAGUACCUCGACAU